CAAAAGCAAAUUUUAACAUUGAAGCGAUUCAUCAUGCCAGAAACCAAAAUGAUACGUAUAGCUAUUGUAAAUAAAGAUAGAUGCAAACCUAAAAAAUGUCGCCAAGAAUGCAAAAGAUCUUGCCCAGUUAAUAAAAUGGGUAAACUAUGCAUUGAAGUCACACCAUUGUCCAAAAUUGCUAAUAUUUCGGAAGAACUUUGUAUUGGAUGUGGGAUAUGUGUCAAAAAAUGCCCAUUUGAAGCUAUAACUAUUAUAAAUCUUCCCAGUGAUUUAGAAAAAGAUACUACUCAUAGAUACUCUGCUAAUUCAUUUAAAUUGCACAGAUUACCUAUUCCCCGACCUGGUGAAGUGUUAGGACUUGUUGGCACAAAUGGAAUUGGAAAAUCCACUGCUUUGAAAAUUUUAGCUGGUAAACUCAAACCCAAUUUAGGAAAAUAUGAGAAUCCACCAGAUUGGAGUGAAUUACUUAUAUACUUCCGCGGCUCUGAAUUGCAAAAUUAUUUCACAAAAAUCUUGGAAGAUAAUUUGAAAGCCAUUAUUAAGCCACAAUAUGUAGAUCAAAUACCUAAGGCUGUUCAAGGAACAGUUCAGGAGUUAUUGGACAAAAAGGACACCAAAAAAAACCAAAAUGAAGUGUGUAAUAGACUAGAUCUUACUGGCAAAAUUAAAGAGCGGAAGAUUGAUGAAUUAUCUGGUGGCGAACUUCAGAGAUUUGCUAUUGCCAUGGUCUGUGUGCAAAAGGCCGAAAUUUACAUGUUUGAUGAACCUUCCAGUUACUUGGAUGUCAAGCAAAGACUGAACGCAGCCAUAGCUAUAAGAGAACUGCUGCAUGACUCCAAUUACAUAAUUGUAGUUGAACACGAUCUUUCCAUAUUGGAUUACCUUUCGGAUUUCAUAUGUUGUUUAUAUGGUGUUCCAGGUGCCUACGGUGUUGUUACUAUGCCCUUUAGUGUGAGAGAAGGAAUCAACAUAUUUUUGGACGGAUUUGUGCCCACCGAAAAUCUCCGCUUCCGAGAGGUGUCAUUAACAUUCAAAGUCGCAGAAACUGCUUCGAAGGAGGAAAUCAAACGCAUGAGACAUUAUUCCUACCCCAACAUGUUCAAGAAGAUGGGAGAAAAUUUCGAGUUGGACAUUGAGGAAGGUGCUUUUACCGAUUCCGAAAUCAUAGUGAUGCUAGGCGAAAAUGGCACUGGCAAAACUACGCUUAUCCGUAUGUUGGCUGGCAAUUUGAAACCCGACGAUGGUGAUGCUGAGGUCCCUAUACUCAAUAUAAGUUACAAACCCCAGAAAAUUAGCCCAAAAUAUCAAAGUACUGUCCGGAAUCUCCUGCACGAGAAGAUAAGAGAUGCUUACGUUCAUCCCCAAUUUAUAGCGGAUGUGAUGAAACCGUUGGCCAUAGAUAAUCUCAUUGAUUUAGAGGUGCCUAAUUUGUCAGGGGGAGAAUUACAGAGAAUAGCCUUAACCCUCUGCUUGGGCAAACCAGCAGAUGUUUACCUCAUCGAUGAACCAUCAGCAUAUCUUGAUUCAGAACAAAGAUUGAUAGCUUCGAAAGUUAUUAAAAGAUUCAUACUUCAUGCAAAAAAAACGGCUUUCGUUGUAGAACAUGACUUCAUUAUGGCAACUUAUCUAGCGGAUAGGGUUAUAGUAUUUGAAGGAAAACCGUCGAUUAAAACUAAAGCUAAUACCCCUCAAAGCUUAUUACAAGGAAUGAAUAAAUUUUUGCACAAUUUGAAUAUAACGUUUCGUCGUGAUCCCAACAAUUUUCGGCCUAGGAUCAACAAGCUCAACUCUGUUAAGGACCAUGAUCAAAAAAAAUCUGGCAAUUAUUUUUUUCUGGAGGAUUGAAACAAAAACGUAUAUAUCAACUCCCACGAAUGAAUGAUCAUAAAUUAUGACCACCUGAUAUUGUUUAUUUAUUAUAUUGUUUUGUUUUGUUAUGAACAAUUUUCGUGUAAUAAUUCGCAAUAAUGUAUUGAUAAUAAUCGUAUAAAUUGCUAUUACUUCCAAAAUUUAUUUUAUUCAACUUAAAUGCCAAAUUAGUUUCAAUUUUAUAAAUGAAUGGCGAUGU